GAUGUUUGUGAGCAGGUAGACUUUUAACCCAGAUUCUAAAUCACGUCUCGCGCAUGUUGAGCUUCCUCGCGGUUUUAAGCGCAGCUCGGUCCUCUUCUCGGGGCGGUUUUCUUCUGGAUCAUGGCCGAGGUGGACUCGGAUCUGUGGUCGGUCCCUCUGAUCGCGCUCAACAUGACCGUGAGGAAGAAGCUGGGGCUCCACCUGAACCCCGUCCACACGGUGGCGGCGGACUGGAUGUCCGUGGCGGACAGCAUGGGCUUCACCUUCCUGGAGAUCAAGAACUACGAGGGGCUCCGGGACCCCACCAGGACCCUCCUGGAGGACUGGCAGGCCCGGACCAAAGAGGCCACGGUGGGCCGGCUGCUGUCCAUCCUGUCGGAGCUGGAGAGGAAAGACAUCGUGGAGGAUCUCCGUCCUCUGAUCGAUGAGGACGUGAGGAGGUACCGUGAGCUUCUGAAGAGAAGCGCAGAGGCUCCUCUUCAGGUUCCUGAGGUCGACAGCUGCCUGCCUCGCACCUCGGAGAAGUCCGGCCUCACCACCAAGGAUGACCCCGAGGGUGCUCCUGAGACGUUUGACGCCUUCAUCUGCUACUGCCAGAGUGACUUCGGCUUCGUCCACGAGAUGAUCCGAGAGCUGGAGCAGACCGACCACAGCCUGAAGCUGUGUGUGUUCGACAGAGACGUCCUCCCGGGCUCCUGCGUGUGGACCAUCACCAGCGAGCUCAUUGAGAAGAGGUGCAAAAGGAUGGUGGUGGUGAUCUCGGAUGAAUACCUUGAAAGUGACGAAUGUGAUUUCCAGACAAAGUUUGCUCUCAGCCUCAGUCCAGGAGCUCAAAGUAAACGCCUCAUUCCAGUGAUCUACAAGCCAAUGACAAAGCCCUUCCCCAGCAUCUUACGCUUCCUGACCGUGUGUGACUACACGCGGCCUUGCACACAGGCCUGGUUCUGGACUAGACUCGCUAAAGCCCUCUCGCUGCCAUAAUCAGGAACUGAUCUGUGAAUGACUUUCCCCUGUUCCUCGACGUCAAAUAAAUUAUACGUGACAAUAGCCAAGCCAUGGUCACUUGAAACCUCUCUCGUUUUUUUGUGUUAACUGGCCACUUCCUGUUUUUCCUCAACUUGAUAAAUUCAAGCUGAAGAAGAACAGAUGAUUUGGAUUGUAAAUUUACAUAUUUUCAGUUUUACUGACCAGUUGAUGCCUGCUUUUUUCAUUGUUGUUGGAUUUACAUCAAAUGCGUUUUUAUUUUUUGUAUCCUUUUUUUUAAAUAUAUUUUAGAACAAUAU